AUGUCCGUCUCUGAAUUCGUCGCAGCCGCAGAGAAGGCGGAUUCCUCCCUCAUGGGGUCGAACGAGAAGGACCAGCAGGCUAUUCAGGAGUUGUCGACGGAGACGGAGGGCUUGGCGAAGGAUGUCGCUUCCCUCAAUUCGCGGUUGACGCCUUUGACCUACCUUUACUCGAAUCAGCCCUCAUCGGCUGACGUGAGCCUGUACUGCCACCUUCAUCCUACUUUCCUCAACCUCCCUACUUCCGCCCACCCCUCCCACCCCGCCCUCACCCGGUACUUCCUCCAGAUCCAGUCCCUACCUCCCGUCCAAUCCGCCCACUCAUCCCUCCCAAAUUCAUUCCCACCCGUUGACAUCAACAUUGCCGACCUCGCCAUCCCCGAACGAGAGGUCAUUGACCUCAAGAAGGAGAAGAAGGCCAAGAAGCCUGCUGCUGCCGUUGCGGACGGAGCGGCGGAGAAGGCUGGAGAGGUCGCUGGGCAGGCCAAGGCGGCUACGGAGGGCGUAGUGGCUCAGGCUCAGUCCGCUGUCGCUGGUGCAGCGGGGACGGUGUCGGGCGCGGCGGCAUCUGCGGCGGGCGCGGUGCAGGGUGCUUUGGCCGGAGCGGCGGCGGCGUUCAGUACGGCGGCUGGGGAUGUAAAGGCGGCGGUUGUCGGGGAAGCGGAGGGAGAGGCGGCGCCGGUGGAGGCUGCGAAGGAUGGGAAGAAGAAAGAGAAGAAGGCAAAGCCGGCAAAGGCGCAACCGGUGAAGGAGGCACCGACGGGGCCUAUGCCCAGUAUGAUCGAUCUGCGAGUGGGCAAGGUCCUUGAUGUCAAGAAACACCCCGAGGCCGACUCGCUAUAUGUUGAGCAGAUUGACGUGGGAGAGGCGGAACCACGGACUGUGUGCUCGGGGCUGGUCAAGUACAUGACUGAAGACCAAAUACGUGGGGCGACCGUCAUUGUGGUCUGCAAUCUCAAACCAGUCACCAUGCGCGGCGUCAAGUCCUUCGCCAUGCUUCUCUGUGCGAGCUCGAGCGUUGGCAAGGACGUCGAGGGCGGGAUCGAAUUUGUGGUCCCGCCAGAGGGGAGCAAGGCGGGUGAGCGGGUGUACUUUGAGGGCGAGAAGUACGAGAAUGCGAAACCAGAGGAGAUGCUCAACCCCAAGAAGAAGGUGUUCGAGACUAUCCAGCCUGACUUCACCACGCUCGACAACCUCGAUGCGGCGUGGAUAGAUCCAGAGACAAAGACGGUGCACAAGCUGAGGACGAAGGAUGGUGUGCUCCGGGCACCUACUUUGAAGGGGGCGCAUCUGUCAUAG